CGGCGCAAGUGCCAGCCGAAUCGCCAGCUGCAGACACCAUGGCUCCCCCUCUCGCUUCUGACUGGCACAAGUCACUGUCUGGGCGGCAGACAGCCCUCCUGCAUGGCUGCAUCUCAGCAUACUUUGACUCCAGGGAUGGCACUCCAAUUUCUUCGUAGCGACAUAAAGGUGUUCCUGCGCUGCCAGCAAGCCAAUCCCGAUGCGCCACCUGUCAACGCCCGUGCCAUCGCCCGCAUUCUUCAUGGCCUUACGAGCCCUGCCUUCCCCACAUGUACAUGGUCCAAGCACCAUUUCUGGGGCCUCUAUGCAGACAUUGACUUCCACACAGUUCGGAGGAUCGCUUUAGAGGAGGUUAUUGCAUCACGGCCGCACAAACUUAGACUGCGUCCCAUGCUGAAAUAAUUGUUGAAACGCACAUUAACGUAUAAACAGCUGUUGCGUCUUGUGUGCAUGCCACGGUUUUCGCCUCAUAAAUGAGGUAAUGAGUGGGUGCACUCGUGAAUAUGAUGGUGUCUCCCUUCUUGCCCUCGCCUGAGGAGAGUCAUCGUUAGAACGUGGAGAUUUUUUUGGAGGGCACAGUAAAAAAUUGGUGUGCUCGAAACAAAACAAGGGUGGUAUUAUCCUGGUAAACAUAUGGUUUUGCUCGUUGUACCAUACAACCAAGUAUGGUGCUUGUUUAAAGUUUUUGGCA